CAUCAGAGAUCCGACAUCCUUCCCCUCCCCUCUCGAGUCCCCCACAAUUCUGUUCUCCCCUGUAUAGAUCGGAAAAUAAAACAGAAAAUAAUAAUAAACCUAAAUUGGCCGGGAAUCAGGGAUAACCUCCCUUACACUCCAAAUCUAUCUCAUUAUCACAAUCAUAGUACAAUUUAAUUAAUUUUUUUUUUCAAAGAUCUCUACAGUUCAGAAUUACAGAUGUUUAAUUAUCGCCAGAAAACCACACACACUCAUUUCCAAUCCUACUCCCUCUGGCUGCGGCGGCCUGAAAACGCCACACACUUAGUCGACCGGCGCCUCUUUCAUCACCACCGGCGAAUCAUCUUCAUCCGAUCUUCCUCAUGGCGGGUCCUCAUUUACCGCCGCAGGCUCCCGCCGUUCAAGUUCCGCUCCUCGAUUCAAACAACGACCGGGAAAACCGGAGCACUGAUCUUGACCGGGUGCUGGACCGGCUCGAGAAGUUUCUGACGUUUCUCGGAUUCAAACAGUCUUCAGCGCUGAGUUUUUCGCUGUCUUGGGCGGGUUUUGUGGUGGUCGGGGUUUUGCUUCCGGUUCUGAUGCUGGAGUUUUCUCAGUGCUCCGGUUGUGAGAAGUAUCAGAUUACGAAUUUUGAGCUCGACAUUGUCGCUUCUCAGACGUGUUUGGCUGCCAUUUCCCUGCUCUGCCUGUCGCAUAAUCUAAGAAAAUAUGGCAUAAGGAAGUUUCUUUUUGUUGAUCGAUCCUUUGGCCAUGUGGCUUCGCUUAACGACCUAUACAUAAAGCAGAUUAAGGGGUCAAUGCGUCUGUUCGUGUUGUGGUUAUUGCCAUGUUUGAUUUUGAAGAUUGCACGUGAAAUCAUACGAAUUUUAUAUGUGCAGCGUGAAUCUUGGUGGCUCUCUGUUGCUGUUUUAUUCACUUUGGUUUUAUCCUGGACUUAUGUGAGUACCAUAAGUCUAAUCGCCAGCAUUUUGUUUCAUUUAGUCUGUAACUUGCAAGUUAUUCACUUUGAAGAUUAUGCAAAGCUCCUGGAAAGAGAAUCUGAUGUUUUGAUAUUUGUAUACGAACAUAUUCGUCUACGUUUUCAUCUUUCCAAGAUAAGCCAUAGGUUCAGAAUUUAUCUUCUUUUAGACUUCUUGGUUGUCACAGCUAGCCAAUUCAUGACUCUUUUCCAGACAACAGGAUAUAGAGGAGUCAUUACCUUCAUAAAUGGUGGUGAUUUUGCUGUUUCCUCUGUAGUUCAGGUUGUUGGAAUAAUUCUUUGUUUGCAUGCAGCCACAAAAAUUUCUCAUAGAGCCCAAGGCAUUGCAUCUCUUGCAAGUAGAUGGCAUGCAUUGGCAACAUGCACUUCAGCUGAUGCAUCUCAACUGAGAGGUUCAAACAGUGUAGGGAACUUGGAAGCUUUCAACAACUCUCUUUAUAUGACUUAUUCUGAAAGUGACUUGGAGUCGGUGGAGUAUGUUGCUCUGCCAACACCUACACAAUUAGCUUCAUAUCUGUCUUCAUAUAACAGGAGACAAGCAUUCGUGAUGUACUUACAGAGCAAUCCUGGAGGCAUUACUCUAUAUGGAUGGACAGUCGACAGAGGUCUCAUCAACACAAUCUUUUUCAUUGAACUCUCUCUGGUUACCUUUGUCCUUGGAAAGACUAUAGUUUUCAGCUCGACCUAAUGUUAUGCAUUGCGAAAAAGCUUUACAGCUCUUGUUUAUUAACUAAGGAAUCAAUAUUAAGCUGUCCAGAUCAUAUACAUACUUCAUACUUCAUAGACAUAGUCUCGCCACGAGCGCUAUACCUGCCUACAUGCAUUAGAGGAGCCCCAGUCGGUAUAUAAUACUUGUAUCGGUUGCUUGGAUUGCCAGUACUUGUGUUGGUUCCUUGAACUGCCAGCCUCCUACUCCGGCUCUUCCUUUUUUCUUUUUUUUUUUUAAAUCGGCCACUUGUUUUACAGAGAAAACUCAACUCGGGAUGUACUUCUUAUAAUGCUGUGGGAAAAUAUCUCUCUAGUAGUAAAACACGAUUCAAAAUUUGAGUCUUGAGGUCUUUUUAUUAUAUCCAUGAUGAUGCAAUUAACAAGCUGCACUGGAUGGAGAAACCAUUCGAUUACAAUUAUCCAUCUACUUUUUGCCUUUUUUCAUUUUUGUCAAGAUCCCUUUGUUUUUCAUGUCAUCGAAAUCUUAAUAACAGUAGCCAAAUUGC